AUGAUGCGAGCUCGUUUACAAGCGUUAGAAAAUCAGACGACCAUAUCAUCGGCACGUUCGAGACAGUCACCGGAGAGGCGAGAUUCGCGUGGCUCUCCGCGACGCGGGCGCUGCUCGCCACCGCCGUUACCGACAGCGCGGCGCCAGGCGGACGCGCCAGAGUGGAGCCAUGCGAACGUGUCGGAGCGGCGACGCGAGAGUUCUUGCUCUACCCACGUAACGACACAGUUACUGGAGCGGUCUGCGCAGACGCUGCGAUCGCAUACGCCGCCUUUGCCAACGAUGACCUCCGAAUCGGCAGCCAAAUUUCGUGCCGGCCCCUCGGUUGAAACCUCGAUGCAACCACCUGUGGCUGCCAGUGAGGUGUCGGUAACAGAUCGCAUUGUGGAUGCUAUUUGUUCCAUCAGUAAUCGGGUGAGAUCUGACCAAAAUUAUUUUAUAUCUUGUUUUGAUCCUAGUUUACACAACAUAAGUGACUGGUGUGAGGAAGUUGACCGUGCAAAAUUGUCAAAUAAUUGGAGUGAUCACGAGUGUCUUGCGCGAAUAGGAAAUUGUUUGAAGGGUGAUGCUCGUUUGUGGUUACGCGAGUGGGUUACGAGUGAUCGUACGUGGAGUAAUUUCAAAAAGGAAUUUACACCGUUAUGCCCGAAAACGCCAGAUAUUGCAAACAUUUUGUAUGAAGUUAUGUCAACAAAUUCAGAUAAUUAUUCCACGUACGCUGACUACGCUCGACGCUCACUGCUUCGGCUAAGUGUUGUUCGUGGACUCAGUGACGAACUUAUUUCGGCAAUUGUGAUACGCGGUAUCACCGAUCCCCACAUUAAAGCGUCAGCCACAAAUGCUAAAUUAUUGCCUCAGGAUUUAGUCGGUUUUCUUUCGAUUUAUGUGAAACAUUCCACUUCUAGGACUCGUCCUCAAUCCACUUUGCAUAAUAAUUCGAAAAAUAAUAAAAAUAAUUCAAGUCCGAGUACACAAAAUAGAAAACGAAAGUUGGAAGAGGGCAAGUGUUUUUCGUGUGGGCUUCGCGGACAUAAACAGGCUUUUUUGCAAGAAAAUAAAAACAGAUUCAAAUGA